AUGACAACCACCGUUUCUCCUUUAGUUUCACCAGAGGUUGUUUCUCAACUGAACCAGGUUUUAUCAAACUUGGGUUCCAACGACAACAAUCUUCGUUCAAGUGCAGAGAAACAAUUGAAUGAACAGUGGAUCGCACAACAACCGGACUUAUUGCUACUCUCGUUGGCACAGCUUGGAAGAACACAUAAAGAAACUCACGUAAGGAUCCGCUUAAAGUACCGUUCAUUUUCAUUUGUAUUGUUACGGAGACUAGCAUUCAAAGCACCAAAUCAAGCCUCAAAACUUGAUGAAUUAACUAUUUGGGACCUUCUUCAAGAACAAAGUAGGCAAGCUAUCAAAAAUGAAUUAUUAAUAUCUUUAUCAGUAGAACAAGAAAAUACAGUGCGUCAUAAAGUUUGCGAUGCUAUCUCCGAGGUAGCUAAAAAUUCAUUUCUUAAAGGACAAAAGUGGAGCGAACUACUUACUGCACUUAUUGAAGCAAGCAAAACACCUUCUGCAGAACAUCGCGAAGCUGCUUUACGUAUAUUUUCUGCGGUCCCUAAUCUUUUAACUGAUAUACAAAUAAAUGAAGUUAAGCAAGUAUUCUCAGCUAACUUACAAGAUACCAAUAACGCGGCUAUACGUAUGGCUGCAUUAAAAGCUGCGGUCGCUUUUAUGUUGGAAACAGAUCAACAAAGCAGAAACUCCUUUGCUGAAUUGAUGCCACAGAUGUUAGAGGCCGAUGCACAACGCGAUGAAGAUGGCUUGGUAGAUGGCAUUAUGGUGUUCAUAGAACUAGGAGAAAAUUUACCAAGGGUAUUUAGGCCAGUACUCCCUAGCGUCAUGCCUUUUGCUAUCAGUAUUAUGAAAGAUAAUACUUUUGAAGAUGGCACCACUCGUCAAACAGCUCUCGAACUCCUACUUACAUUAUCCGAAGCUUCUCCGUCUAUGAUGCGCAAGACUCAAGAUUUUUGUACACAAAUUAUUCCGAUUUCUUUAGGAAUGAUGACAGAAUUAGAUGACUCUGAAGAUUGGUAUACAACGGAUGAUCUAGAAGACGAUGAUAGUGAUGAGAAUUAUGUUAUUGGUGAACAUGCAAUGGACAGAUUAGCACGUAACCUUGGCGGAAAGGCGGUUCUUCCGGUUGCUUUCCAUUAUAUACCUCAAAUGUUGGGGUCCGACAAAUGGCAACAGCGUCAUGCUGCACUUAUGGCAAUUUCAGCAAUUGGCGAAGGAUGUGUUAAGAUCAUGGAAGCUGAGUUAGGAAAAAUCAUUGAACUGGUCUUACCGUAUCUUCGAGAUCCGCAUGCUCGUGUUAGAUAUGCCGCAUGUAAUGCUAUUGGCCAAAUGUCAACUGAUUUUCAGGAUACACUUCAAAAGAAGUUUCAUAAUAUUGUCUUAACUAAUUUGAUUCCCGUAAUGGGAGCUCCAGAACCAAGGGUUCAGGCUCAUGCUGCGGCCGCAUUAGUAAAUUUCUGUGAGGCUGCUGAUAAAUCAAUUCUCGAGCCAUAUUUGGAUACUAUUUUCGAAAGACUUUUGGUCCUUCUCAAUUCAGGAAGAACUUAUGUGCAAGAGCAGGCUAUUACAUCCAUAGCUACUGUUGCUGAUAGCGCCGAAGACAGAUUUGUUAAGUACUAUAGUUCCAUUAUGCCCUUAUUGAUAAGCGUAUUGAGAAAUGCAACCCAAAAAGAAUAUCGAUUAUUACGUGGAAAAGCUAUGGAAUGUGCUAGUCUUAUUGCUUUAGCAGUUGGCAAAGAAAUUUUCACUCCAAACGCUGAAGAAUUUAUUACAUUGUUGGCUCAGACUCAACAAUCUGUUACUGAACCUGAUGAUCCUCAAAUUUCGUACCUUAUUGCUUCUUGGGCCAGAGUAUGCAAAGUACUUGGCGAGGAAUUUGUACCUUAUUUGCCCAUUGUUAUGCCUCCUCUAUUGCAAUCUGCUCAAUUAAAACCAGAUUUUGCUAUUUUAGAUCCCGACGAUGAUAUCGAAUCCAAAUACUCGGCCGAUGACGGCUGGGAAUUUGUUGGAGUAGAAGGACAGCAAAUUGGUAUCAAGACUACUGUAUUAGAAGAAAAAUGUACAGCAGUAGAAAUGCUUAUUUGCUAUGCGCGAGAACUUGGUUCUUCAUUUCAACCAUACGUUGAUAGUGUUCUGGAAAUUGUUUUGCCUCUAUUGAAAUUUUGCUUCCAUGAAGGUAUACGAAAUGCGGCAGCCGCGACUAUUCCGCAUCUUCUUAACUCAGUCAAGAAGGCUAAUGCUAAUCAGGAUUAUGUUUUAAAUAUGUGGCAUACAAUUGCAAAGAAAAUAAUUGAGGCUAUUAUGGGAGGGCCUGAUCCUAGCUUUUUAUGGCAACUAUAUAUUACUUUCUACGAAUCAUUGGAAACAGUUGGUGAUAAUAGUCUCGACACUUCUCUAUUGGAAGCGUUUACAAACGCUACUGAAGCUCAAUUGCAAGAAUUCUAUCAGAGACUAAAGCAACGUGAACAAGCUCGACAUAGUGGCGAUUAUGAUGCUGAAGAUGAAGACAUUAUAGCCGAAGAGGAGGCAACCGAAGAAGGUGUCCUUGGCGAACUUUCAAAAGCUAUACACGUUGUUUUGAAGACUCAUCGAACAUCUUAUCUUUUAUCAUUUGAUAAGUUGCUACCAAUCGUCACCAUAUUUUUAGCUGACGCUAAUCCAGCUGCACGUCAAUGGGCGUUAUGUGUUAUAGACGAUGUUGUUGAAUUUACUGGCCCAGCAUCAUGGAACUAUCAUACUCAUUUCUUGGAAAAGAUGAUUGCAUCUUUAUUGGAUAUAGCUUCCGAUGUUAGACAAGCUGCAGCUUAUGGAAUUGGAGUCUGCGCGCAAUUUGGUGGCGAAAAUUAUGCAGAUGCUGUUGCAGCUGCACUAACACCUUUAUUCCAAGUAAUAAAUUCCGAGGGUUCACGGAAAGAUGAAAAUGUUUAUGCAACAGAAAACGCGAUAUCUGCAAUUUCCAAGAUUUUAAAGUAUAAUCACAGUAAAUUUGAUGUUAAUGCAGUAAUUCCUGCUUGGUUUGCUAGUUUACCUAUUCUUUAUGAUGAAGAAGAAGCAGCACAAACCUAUACUUACUUGCUGGAUUUGUUAGAAUCUCAACAUCCUGCAAUUUUAGGCAAUAAUAAUGAGAAUAUUCCUCGUAUUAUUUCAAUCUUCGCUGAGGUACUUGCUGCAGCAAUAUUACCAGAAACCGUUUCAACAAGGAUGGUUAGUGCGGUGAAAGUUAUUCUAAGUAGCCUUUCAGAUGACGUAAAAGCGUCGUUAUGGAAUUCUAUCGAUCCUGAAAAUCGAAAAGCAUUACAGGAAAGGAAUUACUUUUGA